AUGGACGGUGCGAAUAUGAUAACUCAAUGUCCAAUUCAACCAACUAAUAAAUUUACGUAUCGAUUCGAUAUCACCGGACAAGAAGGUACAUUGUUAUGGCACGCACACGUUGUUAAUCUACGAGCCACACUUCACGGUGCUCUAAUUAUCCGACCCCGGUCUGGUCGUCCUUACCCUUUUCCUAAACCCUACAAAGAAGUUCCUCUCAUUUUUGAACAAUGGUGGGACGUAGAUGUUGGAAUUCUCAAUGUACGGCCAGCUCCAAUUUCUGAUGCUUAUCUCAUCAAUGGUCUCGCCGGAGAUUCAUAUCCUUGCUCUAAGAACAGAAUGUUUAACCUAAAGGUAGUACAAGGCAAAACAUAUUUGCUAAGGAUUAUAAACGCGGCACUCAACACUCACCUCUUCUUCAAAAUAGCCAAUCACAACAUGACAGUUGUUGCUCUAGAUGCUGCCUACACAAAGCCUUACGUCACCGAUGUGAUGGUCUUAACACCGGGACAAACCGUGGACGCGCUUUUAACCGCGGACCAGCCCAUGGGAAUGUAUUACAUGGCCAUCAGCCCUUACACUAGUGCCCAUGGGGUACCAACUCCUCCUAGCAACCCUAUCAGAGGCUUAAUCGUCUACGAGGGUGCCACAUCAUCUUCCGUGUUGCCUUUGAUGCCUUAUAUGAACGACAUACCCACCGCUCAUAGGUUCUCCUCGAACAUCACUGGGCUUGUGGGUGGACCUCAUUGGAAGCCAGUGCCUCGUCACGUGGACGAGAAGAUGUUUGUAACGAUGGGGCUUGGUUUAGACCCAUGUCCACCGAAAACCAAGUGUAUUGGACCGUUAGGUCAAAGGUAUGCUGGUUCUCUCAAUAAUUACACUUUUGUGCUUCCAGAAAGACUUUCUUUGCAAGAAGCUUAUUUCUACAACAUUUCUGGAGUAUACACCGAUGAUUUUCCCAACCAACCGCCCCUCAAAUUUGAUUACACAAAUUUUGAAGUCCGUACCGAUUCUGACUUCAAGAUGAUGUUUCCAGAGAGAAAGACUAGCACAAAGACACUUAAAUUUAAUUCAACAGUCGAGAUUGUUGUGCAAAACACAGGGAUAGUCACCACUGAGAGCCACCCUAUGCACCUUCACGGCUUCAAUUUCUAUGUAGUGGGUUAUGGAUUUGGUAACUAUGAUCCGAUCCACGAUGCAAGAAAGCUAAAUUUAGUUAACCCCCAAAUGCGUAAUACCAUCGGUGUACCACCGGGUGGAUAUGUUGUCCUCAGAUUUAUUGCUAAUAACCCUGGUGUAUGGAUGUUCCACUGUCACAUGGAUGCACAUUUACCAUACGGAGUUAUUAUGGCUUUCAUAGUUCAAAAUGGGCCGACUCCGGAAACGACCAUGCUACCUCCACCAUCGGAUCUUCCGCAAUGCACUCGGGAUCCGACGAUCUAUGAAUCUCCCACAACUAACGUUGAUUUGUCUUACUAG